UUUUUUCUUUCUCAAUGACACAACACUAGCUAAAGCACACUGUUCUGUUCUGUUCUCUCUCUCUCUCUCAUCUCCUCUUUUACUGUUAAGUGCUUCUAGGGUUCGGUAAAGAAGAUGCUGUCAGCUACGGGGAAAAAGGAGAAGCUCUCCGCUUCCAAAGGCUCCGAGAUCGAAGUCUCUUCCAACGAGUCUACUAACAAUGUAUGGUACCGUGCCAUCCUCCAAGAGAAUCUUGCUGUCUCCAAGCGCAAGAAGCUCUCCGUUCGCCACUUAAACCCUCUUUCCAACGAAGAAGAAGACUACUCUCCUCCCCUGAUCACAACCGCCGUCCACCGUCUGAUCCGCCCCCUUCCUCCGCCGGAUCCGUCGUCCCCUGAAGAAGAAGCUGAUUUCGAGGAAGGCGACGUGGUUGACGCUGUUCACAGAGGUGGAUGGUGGUGUGGUUGGGUGGUUAGAGUCUUGCCUGGUCACCGUUUCUUGGUGUACCUCAAGUCCGAGCCUGACGUCAUCGAGGUUGAUCGGAAGGAGAUGAGGACGCAUAUGGUUUGGAAUGAUGAUGAGUGGUUUCGUUGCGAGAAACGACAUUUGAGAAAGUCGGACUAUAGCGCCGGAGUGAAUGUAGAAGUCAAAACUAAAGUAGAAGAAUUUGGUGAUAUUUGGGUUUCGGGUAUAGCCAUCAUGGAGAAAGAUGAAGAAUUGCUGGUGAAGUACAAGAGUUUGAGAGGUGAAGAAGAUGAUGAGUGGACCAAGACAAGCGUUCCUUACUCUCAAGUCAGGCCUCCACCACCGCCUUUUGAUUCAAGAGCUUUUGGGUUGACGGAACAUGUGGAUGCGCUGCUUGACUCUGGAUGGUGUCCUAGCGUUGUAAGCAAGGUUCUUUGCGGGGAGAGAUACACUGUCCUGUUGGGACCAAACAAGCAGAGUAGAGACUUUGAUCAGUCACAGCUAAGACCGUCUAUGGAAUGGAAAGAUGGAGCUUGGGUAAGUAAAGAAAAGGUUUCGGAUAAAGAGGAGAGUCUUCCUGCAGCUGAGGAAGCAGCAGCAGGUUCAAGCCGCAUCAGGGUAAAAGUGAGGGCGACGCGGUCUUCUAGUUGCGCUAAGAAUCUUCCUCCUGCCUCCUCUGAUGUUGGUAAAGAAUCUGUCACCGAGAAUGAAUCAAAGCUCAUCCCCCAAACUGCAGCUCAGUUAUCUGAAGAUUUAACAAGUAAAAUGGCUGAUGAUGUGGUGAAUGGUAACACCCCAGUGGCAAAGCAACCAGAGAUAGCAGAAAAAAAAGAGUUUCACUCAUCGGUGGUGCUGGGUGUAGCUGCAAUCCAGCUGACGAAAACACAAGGGAAAACAACUCCGAGGAAGAAACAGACUGUAAUGAAGAAUCAAAAGGGAUCUUCUGAAAAUGAAGUGAAGCAGGCAAUUGAGGAGUCUAUUAACAGAGAGAGUGUUAACAAGAGGAAAAGAGGGAGACAGCCACGUAAGUUCAUUAGCACAGAGACUAAUCAAAAUCAAAAUCAAAAGCAAAAGACAGGUGUGGAUGUUAAUGGUACUCCUGAUAUGACUGAUGAUGAUGAUCAGCCUCUUGCUUCAUGGAUCCACGGUGGAAAUUCAUCAUCAGGUCAAUCCGCUCCUCCUCGGGUGGCUCCUGAUCCUUCUGUAGUGGAAAAACAUGUUGUGGAAACACCUAAAGCUAAAGAUUCAACAAUGGUUCUACCGUUUGCAAAGAAGUCACCGUGCUGGAAAGUCCUCGAAUCAAUGGAGAUCUUCAAAGCUGUGCCGCAGCGUCCUCACUUCAGUCCACUGCUACUAUGCGAGGAAGAGUCUCGUGAAGGAGACGCCAUUGGUGCGAUGGUGAACUUCACCGGGCUGUUGGAGAAACUCAGCAACUUACAAGUGGACAGUUCGGUAAGCGCCAUAAACAGGAUCAAGGAGUCCUUUCUCAAGCUGGAGAAACAUGGUUUCGAUAUCGCAGCGCCUCUGUCUCGGAUCGACAAGCUAUUGUCUAUUAAAGAAAAUCAGACGUGGGCGUUGGAAGAGUUGCAAGCUGCUGAGAGAGAGGUCACUGAGAGUGAUAAUAAAAGAAGGAAGUGUGAAGAGGAUAUUGAACAAGUCUCAGAGAAGAUUGUCGAGUUGCAGAAGCAAGAAGCGUUGCUGAAGGAAGCGAAAGUGAUGAUGGACAAGGAGGUAGCUCGGAAGCAGACCCACGCAGCUGUUUUAGACCAAAAGGUUCAGAAUGUGGAGCAAGAGUUUCAGGAAACUGUGACUCUUCCGUGGUAAUGAUGAUGAUAAUAAGCUAGACAUAUAUAUAUGAAUGAAUGUUUGUGUAAUAACUCUUUUGACUACUUAUAUGUUUGUGGAAUCUUCUAAGGAAAGUCUUCUAUGACCAGUUUCUUCAGA